AUGGGCCUCCAAGUCAAGAGCAAGGUUGAAGGCUACAAGCUUCCCAGCUUCGGCGGCAUUCCGAAUGUCUUCUUCGACGACCUGCUCGGAACAGAGACGCGCGACAACACAAACCCAAUCGUCGGCUGCUGGUUUCGAAUCGAGAAAGGGCCAGAAGCAACACCCCCAGAGUAUACCUACGACGAAGUUGGGGUGGUGAUAGAGGGUGAGAUCAACCUCCGUGAUGAGGCCGGGCAGAGGGCCACAGUCAGACCGGGCGAUACCUUUUUCUUUCCUCGAGGUAGCACUAUCACCUUUUCUUCAGAUAGUUAUGGGGUGGCGUGGAAGUGUGGGGGGCGUUUGCCGGCUAAAAUCUGA